AAUUUACCCAUCUUCUCUCUCAGUUUUCACAACCUCAGGCAGAGAGCCAAGAAAAUCUAACAUGGAAAAAGUCAAAGAAUUCCUGGAACUAGACAAAGAAGGAGCAGAGUGCGUGUCGCGACUCACUAUCCCCCCCCACCGAGUCGGCUCCGAGUGCAGCUUCUACGAAGAUUUCGCCUUACGCGGCAUCCGAGUGGAUAGGGUUGAGUCUGGCUUCGUUUCCUGUAGUUUCAAAGUCCCUCCUCGGCUCACCGAUAGAAGUGGAAAUUUAGCAACUGGUGCUAUUGCGAAUCUCGUUGAUGAAGUUGGUGGGGCUGUUGUCCAUAUCGAAGGUCUCCCCAUGAAUGUUUCGGUGGACAUGUCCAUCUCUUUUCUCGGAACUGCUAAGCUCAAUGAUGAGUUAGAGAUUACAUCAAAGGUUCUAGGCCGAAGAGGAGGUUAUGCAGGGACAAUUGUGCUUGUCAGAAACAAAGAAACUGGGGAGUUAAUUGCUGAAGGCCGGCAUUCAUUGUUUGGUAAACAAGCUAGCAAACUCUAGUUCCAUUCCAAGUUUUUAUAAGAAAAUCCUUUUACGACACUGGUGGAUGUUGUACUAAGUACUACCAUUUAGUGAACUGCUUCUUGUAAGUAUUUUUAUGUGAUUUAUGACCUAAUGAAGAUUCCGUAUUGCGGCGAAUAUACAAGUUUCUAAACCUUCUGCCAUAA